AUGUCGCGUUUACAUAAGUUUGAACAGUGUCGUGGUGACUUUGACGAUGAGGUCAAGGGCACCAACAUGGUCUGGUGGCUGCGGAAUCCCCCAAGCCUCACAAAUAUGCCUCAGCACACCAUGUCUAAAUGGAGGGAUCUGUCAUCCUUCCGGUGCAACCGGCUUCAGAUGUAUGAUGUAAAUGAGUGUGAAGAAGAUGCAAAAUCAUGUCAUUCCAAAGCUGUGUGUAUCAACACCGACGGAUCAUACACCUGCACUUGUUCUGAUGGAUUUGAAGGAAAUGGAACCACCUGUGCAGAUAAGAAUGAGUGCGAUGAAACGAAAAGUCCAUGUGAUGCCAACGCUGUGUGUACCAACACUGAAGGAUCAUACACCUGCACUUGUUCUGAUGGAUUUGAAGGAAAUGGAACCACCUGUGCAGAUGAUGUAAAUGAGUGUGAAGAAGAUGCAAAAUCAUGUCAUUCCAAAGCUGUGUGUAUCAACACCGACGGAUCAUACACCUGCACUUGUUCUGAUGGAUUUGAAGGAAAUGGAACCACCUGUGCAGAUAAGAAUGAGUGCGAUGAAAAGAAAAGUCCAUGUGAUGCCAACGCUGUGUGUACCAACACUGAAGGAUCAUACACCUGCACUUGUUCUGAUGGAUUUGAAGGAGAUGGAACCACCUGUGCAGAUAAGAAUGAGUGCGAUGAAAAGAAAAGUCCAUGUGAUGCCAACGCUGUGUGUACCAACACUGAAGGAUCAUACACCUGCACUUGUUCUGAUGGAUUUGAAGGAGAUGGAACCACCUGUGCAGAUAAGAAUGAGUGCGAUGAAAAGAAAAGUCCAUGUGAUGCCAACGCUGUGUGUACCAACACUGAAGGAUCAUACACCUGCACUUGUUCUGAUGGAUUUGAAGGAGAUGGAACCACCUGUGCAGAUAAGAAUGAGUGCGAUGAAAAGAAAAGUCCAUGUGAUGCCAACGCUGUGUGUACCAACACUGAAGGAUCAUACACCUGCACUUGUUCUGAUGGAUUUGAAGGAGAUGGAACCACCUGUGCAGAUAAGAAUGAGUGCGAUGAAAAGAAAAGUCCAUGUGAUGCCAACGCUGUGUGUACCAACACUGAAGGAUCAUACACCUGCACUUGUUCUGAUGGAUUUGAAGGAGAUGGAACCACCUGUGCAGAUAAGAAUGAGUGCGAUGAAAAGAAAAGUCCAUGUGAUGCCAACGCUGUGUGUACCAACACUGAAGGAUCAUACACCUGCACUUGUUCUGAUGGAUUUGAAGGAGAUGGAACCACCUGUGCAGAUAAGAAUGAGUGCGAUGAAAAGAAAAGUCCAUGUGAUGCCAACGCUGUGUGUACCAACACUGAAGGAUCAUACACCUGCACUUGUUCUGAUGGAUUUGAAGGAGAUGGAACCACCUGUGCAGAUAAGAAUGAGUGCGAUGAAAAGAAAAGUCCAUGUGAUGCCAACGCUGUGUGUACCAACACUGAAGGAUCAUACACCUGCACUUGUUCUGAUGGAUUUGAAGGAGAUGGAACCACCUGUGCAGAUAAGAAUGAGUGCGAUGAAAAGAAAAGUCCAUGUGAUGCCAACGCUGUGUGUACCAACACUGAAGGAUCAUACACCUGCACUUGUUCUGAUGGAUUUGAAGGAGAUGGAACCACCUGUGCAGAUAAGAAUGAGUGCGAUGAAAAGAAAAGUCCAUGUGAUGCCAACGCUGUGUGUACCAACACUGCAGGAUCAUACACCUGCACUUGUUCUGAUGGAUUUGAAGGAGAUGGAAGCACAUGUGCAGCGACAGAUCCAUGCCUUGGCUCACCAUGUACAAAUGAAGGGAUCUGUGAGAAGGCUUCUGGUAAAGUCAGCUUCGGUUGUAUAUGUAAGGUCGGAUUCACUGGACAAACAUGUGAAAGAGAAUGUGAACAAGAAAAAAUGGACAUUCUUCUCAUAGAUGAUGUUUCUACAUCCAUUUCGGAAGAAAAUUACAAGAAAAUGAAGAACUUUGAAGUUGCAUUGGUCAGUUCUUCUGAUAUCGAGUCCAACGUGGUAAAUGUGGCACUGGUGACUUUUGCAGGAGAGGCAAAGUUGGUGUUUCCACUGAAGUCAUACAGAGACAACAAAACAGCUGCUGUUCAAGCUGCUAAAGUUCCCCACUACGAAGGCGGUUCGACGUUCCUUGGUGAUGCUAUCAAAAUGGCUGUAUCUGAUGUGUUUGUCGGGAGCAACGGCGACCGCUCUGAUGCUGAAAAUGUAGCUAUCAUAUUUACGGAUGGUAAAAGUAGUCAGGUGUCUGUCAUUGCCAGCAACAUAGGCGGUCUUCAUGCAGAGGCAACUGUCUUUGUUGUUCCCGUGACAGCAGACAUAAACAAUUCUACCAUAAUCAUGGCUGCGUCACCUCCCUAUCAAGACCAUGUUUUCCCUAUAAGCAAUCCUUUGGCCCUUGAUACAAUCAAGAAGAGAACCAUCUAUGAGAGGUGCAACCCGUAA